AUGGUUAGGGUUCGAAACCCUAAUGAACUCUAUAAUUUAAGGUUCUCAUUGUCAUUGCUUCUAUUGCCUAACUAUCGUCUAUUGGGUUGCUCCAUUGGUUUUUACUUACUUCAAAUUUCUUCUCAUUGUAUCUUUGUUCACCAGAGUGGAAGUGAUAGUGAAUAUGAGAGUGAUGUCGACGAAGAGUGGGACGUGGUUCAAGAUACCAAUGCUGCUAGUGCCUCGCGUUACCUUCCAGGUGGCAGUGAUAGUGAGGACGAUGAUCUCCGUAAACGUGUUGUUCAGCCAGCCAAAGACAAGCGUUUUGAAGAGAUGGUUAGUACCACAGAGCUGAUGAAGAAUGCCAUCAAGAUCAAUGACUGGGUUAGUCUACAAGACAACUUUGAUAAGAUUAACAAGCAGUUGGAAAAAGUUAUGAGGAUUACAGAGGCUGUCAAGGCUCCAAUCUUGUACAUCAAAACCCUUGUGAUGUUGGAAGAUUUCCUAAACGAAACUCUGGCCAACAAGGAAGCAAAGAAAAAGAUGAGCACUAUCAACUCCAAGGCCUUGAAUUCAAUGAGGCAGAGAUUGAAGAAGAACAACAAGCUCUAUGAAGAGGAAAUUAUCAAAUAUAGGGAGUCGCCAGAAACCGAGGAAGUGAAUGAAUCAGAGGAUGAAGAUUCUAAAGAUGACGACGAGGAUGACGUUAAUGUGGAGGCUGAUUCUGAAGAGGAGGAGGAAGCCAACGAUAAAGGUGAUCCCUCUUGGAAGAAGAUGCUUAGUAAGAAAGAUAAACUUAUGGAGAAGUUGUAUAAUAAAGAUCCUACAGAGAUCACAUGGGACUGGGUAAACCAAAAGUUCAAAGAAGUUGUGGCUGCCCGUGGAAAGAAGGGAACUGCACGAUUUGAACUCGUAGAUCAGCUUACACACCUGAUAAAGAUUGCCAAAACUCCAGCGCAGAAACUUGAAAUCUUGUUUAGUGUUAUUUCUGCACAGUUUGAUGUGAAUCCUGGUCUCAAUGGACACAUGCCUAUCAAGGUCUGGAAGAAGUGUGUGAAUAACAUGCUUACGAUACUGGACAUUCUUGUCAAAUAUGAUAACAUUGUUGUCGAUGAUACAAUUGAGCCUGAUGAGAAUGAAACUUCAAAACCAGAAGAUUUUGAUGGAACAAUUCGGGUCUGGGGUAACCUUGUUGCUUUUGUGGAGAGGAUAGACACUGAAUUUUUCAAGAGUUUGCAGUGCAUAGAUCCUCAUACACGUGACUAUGUGGAGAGAUUGAGAGAUGAGCCGAUGUUCUUAGCUCUUGCUCAAAACAUCCAAGACUACUUUGAGCGGUCUGGUGACUAUAAAGCUGCGGCAAAGGUGGCCUUAAGACAAGUUGAGUUAAUUUACUACAAACCUCAGGAAGUUUAUGAUGCCAUGAGGAAACUGGCUGAGCUGGUGGUGGAAGAAGAAGAAGAAGAUAGUGAGGCUCCCAAAGAGGGAGCUGGACNAGUCACCUAUUCAUUAUUCUUUUGUUAA